AUGGCCCGGACGAACUGUGCAGCAGACAGCAGCGACCAUGCCCCCACCCAUCUUGUGUCCAUCGUCGCGCUUGCUCUGGUCGCGUCGCUGGUCGAGGGGCAGGCAGCGAUCUACGGGCAAUGUGGAGGAGGCUCAAGCUGGACCGGACCAACAACUUGUGUCAGCGGGACAGUUUGCUCUGUUGUCAACCCAUUCUACUCUCAAUGCAUUCCAUCCACUGCAGCAGCGUCGACGGUAGCGCCGACCACCUCUAGCGUGCCGGCGCCGUCUUCCUCCUCCAUCCGUUCCGCAGCACCGGUCUCCUCCGCGAAAUCCACCUCCGUCGUCGUCACAACCCCCGCCGCCCCGACCACCGUGACUACGGCCACCACCGCCGCCGCGAGCCCCACCAGCAGCGCCAGCGCCGGCAACUGCCCGGCCAACGUCCCCGCCGCGGGGUCCGGCACCCUCAAGUUCACCGGCGUCAACAUCGCCGGGUUCGAUUUCGGGUGCAACUCGGACGGCAGCUGCACGCCGGGCGCCGCGUACCCGCCGCUACUGAAGUACUACGGCAUGGACGGUGCGGGGCAGAUGUCGCAUUUCGUGAAGACGGACGGGUAUAACACGUUCCGGCUGCCCGUCGCGUGGCAGUAUCUGGUUGGAUACACGCUGGGCGCGCCGCUCGAUCAGACCAAUCUGCUUAUCUACAACGAUCUGGUGCAGGCUUGUUUGGCAACCGGCGCGUAUUGUAUCAUCGACAUGCACAACUAUGCCCGCUGGGAGAAUACGAUCAUUGGACAGCCGGGUGGCCCAACAGACGCCCAAUUUGCGGCGACUUGGAGCCAGAUCGCGGCUUACUACGCGAACGAGACCAGGAUCAUGUUCGGCGUAAUGAAUGAACCUCAUAACAUGCCGAACAUCACCCAGUGGGCCGGGAGUGUGCAAGCUGCCGUCACUGCCAUUCGUAAAGCUGGUGCCACGACCCAGAUCAUUCUGCUCCCGGGAGACAACUGGACAUCAGCCCAAACCUUCGUUUCGAACGGUUCCGCAGACGCUCUGAACAAAGUGGUGAACCCCGACGGAAGCAUCACGAACCUCAUCUUCGACGUUCACAAAUACCUCGACUACGACAACUCUGGCACAAACGCCGCGUGUGUCACGAACAACAUCCAGACAGCAUGGGCCCCACUCGCACAGUGGCUGAGAUGUCACGGGCGCCAGGCGUUCAAUACAGAGACGGGCGGAGGCUUUAACGAUACCGGCUGCCUGACCUACAUGUGCCAGCAGAUCGCGUUCCAGGCUCAAAACAGCGAUGUCUUCCUCGGAUACGUCGGUUGGGCUGCGGGUAACUUCUACAGCGGCUACGUGCUCUCGGAGAUGCCGAACGUGAGCGGAACGACUUGGACUGAUCUGCCCUUGGUCUCCAAGUGCAUGGCGCCUGUAUCCGGGUCCCAGAAGGGAUCCACAGGACUGUGAUGCACUGUAGUGACUAAUCGAAUACCGCGCUGUAUCUUAAUAUAGUCGUAUA